AUGGCGAUUUGCGGUGGUUGCAAUACGGCAAUACUCGAUCGCUAUGUGUUUCAUGUAUUAGAUAAGACAUGGCAUGCAUCAUGCAUACGAUGCGCUGAUUGCAAAGAACUUUUGACUGAAACUUGUUUCUCACGUGAUGAUUUAAUAUUAUGUCGGAAGGAUUUCUCGAGGCGAUUUGGAACACGUUGCGCUGGUUGCAAUAUGGCAUUAGAUAGAAAUGAUCUCGUAAGGCGAGCUCGAGACAAAAUUUUUCAUGUGCAGUGCUUUCAAUGUACCAUAUGUCAAAAAAAAUUGGAUACUGGAGAGCAAGUCAUAAGAUGCAACUAA